AUGGGCAAGGUUGAACCCAGCUGGUGUCCCGAGCAGCAGAAGAAGCCUCCGGAUCUUUGUACCGAUCAUUUGCCAAAUGUGCUGGCCAUCAACAGUAGCGUGUUGGCAAACACGGCCGACAUCCGGGAUCGCCUUGCCUUUGGUGUGUAUGCUUUCAACAGCAAGGUUGAUGUUGCGCUUGUCUGUAACGGUGACACGGCCCUGGCCAAAAAGGGCAGCAAGACCGUGAAGAAUGCUGAUGCACGCCACUACUCGGUCUUCUUUGCCGGCAAGUGGGACAAGAGCUAUGUAAAGGGAGUCCGCUAUGCCGCGAUCAGGAGCAUACAAAACCUGAAAUUGGAGAAGCCCGUGCGCAUCGAGAAGAGAAUGAGCGACAAGGACUACCUGCACAGCUUGCAGACUAGCGAGCUGUGUUUGGCACCCAGAGGCAGCCGGGUUUGGUCGCCACGGCUCUUCGAAAUGAUGUGGUUUGGAUGCAUUCCCGUCAUCAUCGCUUCCGGGUACUACCUUCCUGGAGCCUGCUUCUUCAACUGGACAGACUUUGCAAUUAUUGUGCCGGAAGAGAAGGCAGACCAGGCUGGUGAGCUUAUCCUGCCAUACCUCAUGGACUCCGAGCGCUUGACAACCAUGAGGAGGAAAGUUCUUGAGCUGCGGCACCAUUUCACAUGGAGCAAGAAGGAGACGGAGGGUGACGCCUUUGACCUGGCCUUGCUGGACGUAUACCUGAAGCAGCAGAGAUGUUGA